AUGGAGGUUUUGGGUUCUCUACAGUGUAUGCUAUCUCCAAUUCAACCCAAUCAAAUCCCACCUUCAAAUUCAAAAAACGCCCAUCUUUUAACAAGGCGUAAAGCCUUGACCUUUACUUCUUCUAUUGCUGCCUUUUACUUCCAAUUUUGUCAAAAUUCAGAUAUUUCUGGUUUUCCCUCUGCCAUUGCCCAACCAGUGGAUGAACUUCAGCAAGAAGAAGAUCGGGCCGUUCAAAUCUUCCAGGGAACUUCAUCUUCUGUUGUAUUCAUUAAAGACCUUGAAUUAGCUAAAAUCCCCAAGAGUACUUCUGAAACUGUGCUACCUGAGGAUGAGAAUGUAAAAGUGGAAGGGACAGGUUCAGGUUUCAUCUGGGAUAAGUUUGGUCACAUUGUGACGAACUAUCAUGUAGUUGCUAAAUUGGCUACAGACAGAAGUGGAUUACAACUUUGUAAGGUAUCUUUGGUUGACGCAAGCGGCAACAGCAUUAUUAGAGAAGGCAAGAUUGUUGGAUUUGAUCCAGACUAUGAUUUGGCAGUCCUUAAGGUUGAUCUCAAAGGAAAUGAACUGAAGCCAGUUACUCUUGGUACAUCUCGUGAUUUACACGUGGGUCAAAGAUGCUUUGCCAUUGGAAAUCCAUAUGGAUAUGAGAACACUUUAACGACGGGGGUUAUAAGUGGAUUGGGCAGGGAGAUCCCCUCACCAAAUGGAAAAUCCAUUCGAGAAGCUAUUCAAACAGAUGCUGCUAUUAAUGCAGGUAAUUCAGGUGGACCAUUGAUUGAUUCCUAUGGUCAUGUUAUUGGAAUUAAUACAGCCACGUUCACUCGCAAAGGUACUGGGAUGUCAUCUGGGGUGAACUUUGCAAUACCAAUUGACACAAUUGUCCGCAUUAUACCUUACCUGAUUGUCUAUGGAACACCUUAUACCGACAGAUACUGA